AUUGACUCUUGGUGCAAAGAGAAUAGCUACGUGAUAGCUGGAUAUUACCAGGCAAACGAACGCGUGAAAGAUGCCAGCCCAAACCAGGUUGCAGAAAAGGUGGCCUCCAGAAUUGCAGAAGGCUUUAAUGAUACAGCACUCAUAAUGGUUGAUAACACCAAGUUUACGAUGGAGUGUGUGGAGCCUGCCAUUCACGUGUAUGAGCUUCACGAGAACAAGUGGAGGUGCAAGGACCCACAUGUUGAUUUUUGUGAAGAUUGGACCGAAGCCCAGAGAAUUGCUGCAUCUCUCUUAGACAGCAAGUCCUACGAGACACUGGUGGAUUUUGACAAUCACCUGGAUGAUAUCCGGAACGACUGGACAAACCCAGAGAUCAACAAAGCUGUCCUCCACCUGUGUUAGAGGGGUUCCUACUGACUAACUUACAGGCGUUCCCACUCUGUACUGAAGAGAGAAAAAUGCUAUUUUUGAAUGUAAAUAGAAUAAUAUUCAGUACCUUGUGUGGAAACCUGACUGAUUAAAAAGCACUGGCGCAUCACAUUGCAGAGUGAUGUGUCCAUAAGCUGUUGAAUCCUUUUUCUGAGAUUCUCCAAGAACUUCAAACUGUCAGUUACUGCUGUCCUUAUGGAUGCCUUCCCAGUUGUAGUGAAUGUUGCUAUUCCUUCAAAAUCAAAACUACUACUGCUUGUCCCUACUGGUUAUAAUACAGAGUUCUGACUAAGCUUUUCUAAUCUUCAGAGAGGUUACUUUUUAAUGAUUUAUGGGAAUACCUU